AUGUCCGACGAACAAAAAGCGCUUCGUAACGAGCUCAAAAAGUACUACGACGAUGUGUUGAAAUUGAAAGAGCCUAAUGGACUGGAGAUCUAUCCUAUUUUCCAAAUCUUGCCGCCCAGAAAAGACUACCCAGACUACUAUAGGCUCAUUCGACACCCCAUGUCGCUGAGCACCGUCAAAAAGAGGCUCAACAACAAUUACACACACCCUCAAGAGUUUAUCCAAGAUUUGGCUCAAAUUACGUGGAACGCGCGCACGUAUAAUACCAAGAAUUCGGACAUAUACAAUUACGCAACGGUUUUGGAUACGUUCAUCAAAGAAAAACUUCUUCCAAGCCUUCGAGAGAGCUUUUCUGGCUUGUACUAUCCGAAUCUGGGACCCUUGCCAGACGAGUUAGAGUCAAUGGCCCACGAACAUAAAAACCAAGACAUGGCCGAACUUCGUGCUGGAUCCGAUCUUUUCAAUAACCAGGAUCAUAGUGGCAACACUACGAACAACAACAGCGACUUUGAAAAUGCCGACGGCACAAACGAUGAGGACGAUGAAGAAAUGGACGACGAUUACAACGAUCGUGGAAACUCACAGCUUCUCAAGAUGAGAGCUCCAGGAUCUGCCCAGUCGCCCGGUCCAGGGCCUUUCCAGACAUCGUCUCAUUCUAUGACGCCCACCCCCUUGUAUCAAAGACAUCAGCAACAAAAAACUCACAUGAGACGCGGACGACCUCCCGUUAUCGAUCUUCCCUUUGAACAGCGGAUUAAAAAUGUAUUGAAGAUUUUGAAAAAGGAUACAAAUCACCGAGGGGAAAACAUAACUGCCCCACUAGACAGGCUCCCCGACGAAGAACGUGAACCUCAGUACUAUACGCUGAUCUCCAACCCAAUUUCAGUUGACGACAUCCGCAAAAAGGUCAAGCAAAGAAAAUACAGAACCUUUCAAGGUUUCCAGCAAGACUUUAAAGUGGCAAUUGCCAACUACCAGCUGUACCACAAAUCGCAGCCUGUCGAAUUGAAACGUGCCGCUGAGCUCGAAGCUAGGUUUUCAGAGCUUGCCCAGCACGAGCUUUCGAGAACUGACGAACAGUAUAUGACUGAUGGUGAACUCAAGUAUCCUCUGAACGAGGUGGACCACAAUGGCACUACAUACAAGAUUGGAGAUUGGAUUCUAAUUCACAACUCGAAUGACCCCAAAAAGCCUACCAUAGCACAAAUUUUCAGGCUGUGGCACACCUCCGAUGGUCGCCGUUGGCUAAACGCUUGUUGGUAUUUGAGACCUGAACAGACGGUGCACAGGGCAGAUCGUAUUUUCUACAAAAACGAAGUGGUGAAGUCGGGUCAAUACAGAGACCAUCUAGUUGACGAAAUAGUCGGUAAGUGCUACGUUUGUCACUUUACUAGGUAUCAGCGCGGGGACCCAGACUUGGAAAUUGAGGGUCCUCUAUUUGUUUGUGAGUUUAGGUACAACGAAAGUGAGAAAGUAUUCAACAAGAUUCGUACUUGGAAAGGAUGUCUGCCGGAAGAGAUACGCGACGUUGAAGAAUCCACCAUACCGGUAAUGGGUAGAAAGUUUUUCAAGUACGACUCCCCCAUCAAGCAUCUGUUGCCAACCAAUGCUACCGUUAACGACCCUAUUCCAAUGCCUACUGAAGGAGCGGUCAACGCCCCACCUCUCAUUGGUGCCGUAUACCUGAGGCCCAAAGUAAGAAAAGAUGAUCUCGGCGAAUACUCAACCUCCGAAGAUUGUCCGCGUUACAUCAUUAGGCCCGGGGACCCUGUCGAACCGGGAAAAGUUGAUAUGGAAACCGGUACUUUGGUAACAAAUUCACAAACAACUACCAAUCUUACAAAGACCAUACCCUCGACAACGCGGCUGGCUUCUCUGACGAAGACAAGGAGCGGGACCGGCUUAUCUGGAAUGCGUCAGCCGAACACAGCUGUUUACCAUCCCCCAGCGAAAGGCUUACCGUACCCGACUCAGGGACAAGCUUCAAUCAGUCCCGGACCGGUCGCUAUGCAGCAGACUCCUCUAGUUCCUAUUUCGAGUCCGGUGGUGCCAACGCAGAUCAAAUUAGGUUCACAGGCAACAAAAAAACCCGCUUAUCAGCCUCCGACCAUCAUCAACAGUUUAGCGGCACAGGCUCGUACAAAUAGCUCGGCCUUGGGCAAUAUAUCUACCGAUGCACCCGGUGCAUACGUGAUUCCCUUACAGAUUUCGAAGAAUGUCGAGUUAUUGCAACGGGCAGAUUACGGGUCACAGCUAAGGCGCAUGGGCAAGGAUCAAACAGCUCCAAAACGGAAACGUGGAAAAGGCGAGGUCCUUUGGUUCAAGGGUCCAAGUGUGGUGAUUUCAGAGCGCUUGUUGAACACUAAGAAUGACCUUACGGAUGUGCCUCUCAACAGGUGGUCCAAAAAACGGAGAAUGGAAUACGAGGAAGUUGACCCCGAGGAUAACGACUUUAUGAACGACGACCAUGAAGAUAAUGGGAAUGGAACGGGGGGCGCUAAUGCCGGCGACGAUGAUUCGGAAGAUGAGGAGUCCACUUUACCCGGAACCUUCCCACUAGGACUGAGACCUUCAGCAGCGUAUAUGGCGUACAGACUAGCAGCCCAACAGAGUAACCAAUGA